AUGGAGGUCUCUGUGACUUUAGAAAUCUCCACUCUCCUUGCUGCCUGGAUUUGGGCGUGCACUGAGAAUGUCCGUGUGAAAGUAAGCUGUUCCAUGGACUGGGUGAUGGUCUCUGUUAGCCCGUGUGCCUACAGAAAUUGGUAUAUAUUUGCUGAUGAAUUGUAUCUGGGAUCAGGUUGCCCCAUGACUCGGAUACAAACAUAUGUGUAUGAUUUUAUAUACCCUGCCUAUGAAUGUGGGAUCAGGAUAAAGAUUGUUUCAGAGGAGGCGCUGCUUCUUCAGACAGAGCGACACUUUAACCCUAGGCAUACGCGAUACAGCCCUCAGAAAACCCCUCUGGAAUGUUCUGCCUCUCGCCGAGUCCAGAAGUCAGUGUGGCUGAUGCCAGUUUCUACAGAAAAUGAAAUAAAAUUGGAUCCCAGCCCCUUCAUUGCUGACUUUAAGACAACACCAGAAGAGUUAGGAUUAUUAAAUUCUAGUCAGACUGAUCCCAUCCUUAACUUGAAAUUGCCACCAAGACCCCAGAUGGCCUCCCAAGAAGUUGAUCGGAUAGAGCCGGGGGCAGCUUGUGCUGGCGAUGCCCCAAGAAGCCAGGGGGGCGCCGCGGGGGAGGACAGCUCUGCCUACCGGCCCCUCGGCAGGUCACAGAACCACCCGGAGGUGCUGCAAGUUCUCGGGGCUGUACAGAUCCUGAAUGCAGCAGUAAUUCUGGCUCUGGGUGGCUUCAUUCAUUCCUUACAAAACUUUCCCCAACCCUCCGAUUACUUGUUUUUCUCGAUUGUUCACACAGGUUUUUACAUAUGGGGGGCUAUAUUUUUUCUUGUUUCGGGAAUUUUAGCUGUCUCAGCCGGGAAAAAACCCACAAAAACACUGUUGGAGACCAGCUUUGGGAUGCACAUUUCCAGCGCCGCCAUUGCUAUAGUCGGGACUGUUUAUCUCUCCAUGAAUUUAUAUGCUCUCGAGCUAUUACUCAAUGGCUGCCAGCUUUCCCAGCCACCUGACCUGUGCAUUUACAUGGAAGCCUCUUCAACCGGUCUUGUGUCACUGAUGCUGGUCCUGGUCUUGCUGGAACUGUGCAUAGCCUGCUCUGUUGCAGUCUUGUGGCUCAAAGCAAACUGCUGUCAUUUAAGAAAGGCAAUUUCCUCCUUUCCCGAUCCUGGGGAAUCAAGAAUGCCUCCUAAUGAAAGCAAGGAAAUUCAGUCUUAA